AUCGCCUUUGUUGUGGGCGCCUAACCUCAGGCAAAGCGAGCACCUGCUCCUCCCGCCGAUCCUCGCAGGAGGACCCCAGGCUGCUGCGCCCCGGCUGCCUCUCCCGGUCCCUGCGCUCCGCUUCUCCGGAGCUGGGGGACCGGGGGCGUCCCGGGACCCGCAGCCAGGGUCCGCCCAGCGCUUCCAAGCCGUGGUAACGCGCCUCCCCAGGUGCCCGACACCCCGCCCGGGGCCAGCAUUCUUCGCUUCCUAGGGUCGGGCCGGGGGUCUGGGGCUGCGUCAAGGGCCUCGUCAGGCACCCCCAGGCCUGCGGGGGCAGGAUCCUGAGUCACCGCCGCGCACGCCCUUUCCUCCCGGCUUCCAUCCUGGGGCCACCUCCGCCCCGCAGGGUCGGGCCCCGGCGCAGUCGGCUCUCUGCGGGUCUGCUGUGCGCCCCUCUCCCCAGCCCGAGUCACUGCGGCCGCCGCCCCAACCCCUGGCUGGCUCGGGGGAGCCUCGCUUGUCCGCCCCUCCCAUGAGAAGCCCGAGCUCUCAGCGCUCCCAGGCGGCUCCCGCGGGAGGGGGCGCGGCCGCCCCCACGGCUCCACCCUCUCCGCGGGGCCGCAGCCAUCUGGGGCCCCUGCCAGUAGCGGCCGCUCCGGGGCCCGCACCGAGCUCGCGACCCGCUUGCGCGGCGGGAGGCAGCCCCGGGCAGGACUCCGGCCUCCCCAGCGGGCGCUCCCGGCGCUGAGAUGCCCCGAGGGGGCGGUGGCCGCGAGCCGAGCCCGGGUGGAAGCGCGUCGCAGCGGACGCGGGCGCCCCUCGCCACCUCAGUGACCCUUUAGGAGCUGGGACCGGAGCCCCGGAGGCGGCGGUGCGGGCCCGUGGGGGCGGCGAGGUCCGUGCCCCUAGCGUCCGGAGCGGGCGCAGGCUGCUGAGCCUCGGCUGGGCUCGUUGCCUCCCGCCUUUCCCCCCAGCCCCCCGCGAGCUGGCAGAAGGAAAUAGCGCGCGGCCCCUUUAAAUUUACCCAGGAGCCCUUUAAGGAGCCCCAGGGGCCCCAGACAGGAAUCCCCACCCCGGUCCAGCCCGCGCCGCCGAGCGAGCAGCCUGCCGUCCGUGCGGCCGGCCGCCCCGUGCAUGCGCCCCGCGCCCCGGGGCCCCGCGCAGCGAGCGCUCUGCGCGGGCUGCUGCCGGCCCCGCGGCCCCGCGCCCCGCCGCCCCGGGGCCCCGCUCCGCAGCGCAUGGAGCCCGGCGGGGACCACCGGAGCCGGAGCAGCGGCGGCAGGGGCGGCCCCGGGCCAGCAGUGGCCUCGGCACGGGGCCGACGGCUGCCGCCCGCCGGAUCAAGCGGCAGCGCGGAGCCGGAGGAAGACGAAGGCGGGCAAGAUCUUCAGCUGGAAGGGGGUGCCUUGGGGUCCUGGGGGAGUGCCCCCCUGCCCUCCUCCAGGGCCAGGGGACCAGCAUCUUCAGGCAGGAAAUAUUCAGACCACUGUGAGGCCCGGGCCUCGAGGCCUGGAAAGAGCCGCAUCCCUGGCCGUGACCACCGGCGCUACUACCACGACCACUGGCGGCUGGAGUACCUGAUGGACUUCAACCCUGCCCGGCACGGCAUGGUGUGCAUGGUGUGUGGCAGCUCCCUGGCCACCCUCAAGCUCAGCACCAUCAAGCGCCACAUCCGCCAAAAGCACCCCUACUCCUUGCAUUGGAGUCCCCGGGAGAAGGAAGUCAUCAGCAACAGCUGGGAUGCACACCUGGGGCUGGGGGCCUGCGGAGAGGCCGAGGGCCUGGGGGUCCAGGGGGCUGAGGAGGAGGAGGAGGAUGAAGAGGAGGAGGAGGAGGGGGCCGGUGUCCCACCUUGCCCGCCCAAGGGCCCAGGCAAAGCCCCAGCUGGUGGGGGCUGCCGGCGCCAGCGGCGAGGGGGCCCAGUGGCACCCCGGGCUCGGCGUCUGCGCCUCUCAGCCUCCCGGAGGGCCGGGGGCAGCAGGGGGCUGGGGGCCCGGCGCCUGGAGAGGAGGCUGAAGGAGUCCCUGCAGAACUGGUUCCGGGCCGAGUGUCUCAUGGACUAUGACCCGCGGGGGAACCGGCUGGUGUGCAUGGCCUGUGGCCGGGCACUGCCCAGCCUGCACCUGGACGACAUCCGUGCCCACGUGCUGGAGGUGCACCCUGGCUCCCUGGGGCUCAGCGGCCCCCAGCGCAGUGCCCUGCUGCAGGCCUGGGGGGACCAGCCCGAGGCGCUGUCUGAGCUCACCCAGUCCCCACCAGGCGAUGACCUCGCCCCCCAGGACCUGACCGGAAAGAGCCGGGACUCGGCCUCCGCUGCUGGAGCCCCCUCCUCUCAGGAUCUCAGCCCCCCAGACGUAAAGGAAGAGGCUGGCUGGGUCCCUGAGAGGCCCGGGCCCGCAGAGGAGGAGGAGGAGCUGGAGGAGGGCGAGGGCGAGAGGGCGGGGGUCCCGGGCCGGUCGCCGCGGGGCCGCGCCCACCGCCGCCACCCCCAGGAGCGCUGGCGGCUGGAGUACCUCAUGGAGCUGGACGGCGGCCGGCGCGGCCUGGUGUGCGGGGUGUGUGGGGGCGCGCUGGCCUCGCUCAAGAUGAGCACCAUCGAGCGCCACAUCCGCCGGCGCCACCCGGGCUCCACGCGCCUCGGCGGGCCCGUCCAGGCCCUCAUCGCCCGGGAGUGGAGCGAGAAGGCCGCCCACCUGCUGGCCCUGGGGCUGCCCCGCCCCGAGUCCCCCCAGGGCCCCGCCCCCCCCGGCACUGCCGCAGCCUCCGAGGAGGGGGGAGGGGACGAGGAGGAGGAGCCAGAGGAGGAGGAGUGGGGCGACGUUCCGCUGUCCCCUGGAGCUCCUUUGGAGCGGCCUGUCGAAGAAGAGGAGGACGAAGAGGACGGCCAGGAGCCUGGGGGACUCGCCUUGCCGCCGCCGCCUCCCCCGCCGCCUCCCCCGCCCCGCAGCCGGGAGCAGCGGCGGAACUACCAGCCGCGCUGGCGGGGCGAGUACCUGAUGGACUACGACGGCAGCCGGCGCGGCCUGGUGUGUAUGGUGUGCGGGGGCGCGCUGGCCACGCUCAAGGUGAGCACCAUCAAGCGCCACAUCCUGCAGGUGCACCCCUUCUCCAUGGACUUCACGCCUGAGGAGCGCCAGACCAUCCUGGAGGCCUACGAGGAGGCGGCGCUGCGCUGCUACGGCCACGAGGGCUUCGGGCCGCCCGCCCCGGCGCCGCGUGACGGCGGCGCGGACCUCAAGUCUGGCGCUGUGUGUCGGGCGUAGCGGCCUAGCGGACCCCCGGGUCGGGUCGGGUCGGGUCGGAUCGGCCCCGCCGCGCCCUGUGCUCGCCCGGCCCUCCGGCUGGGAGACCCUCGCGUCCGGUGUUAGCGCUUCCCGCGGCCACGCCCCCCGCUGGCCGGGCCGGGCGGAGACGGAGGAUCGGGUGGGGCCACCGGCGUCCGUGCGGUGCCACUUGGGUCCCUGAGCCAGUAGGUGCGCUGCGGGAAGCGCACUGUCCCAUCUGCCCGGAACCCUGCCCUCCCCGCGCAGGGCCCACGUUUUCCAAGAAUCCAAAGCGGCCUCCAAGUGUUAGCGCCGAGCGCUCCCGGCCGCACCCCGCGAGGGGAUCCUCCGCAGGCAGGUACUGGGGGCGCCGUCAGUCAGUAUUAGGGCCGAAGGGGGCCCGUGCGGGCUCGGGCUCUGGCUGUGGCCCUGGCCCUGGCCCUGGCUGGGGGCCCAGUUCCCUGCAGCCUUGCACGCUGGCAGGCACGGCUCCCAGCUUGGGGGCUGCUGGCUGCCUUUCCCUAAUUGGGAUUCUCGGCCUCUCGGAGGCCCCGGCUGCGAACUGGGGCUUCCAGCGGGAGGCUGGGCCGCGGGCCUUGGGAGCCUUGCCGGAGUGGGAAGGCGCGUUGGACCGAGGGCGGGGCGAUGCGCCCGGGGCCCGGGCUGGACCAGCUGCGCCUACCUCCCCGGCAGGCUCAGGGAGAACCGUGCGUCCGGGGGCCCUACCCUCCUCCCAGGCCGCUGCCACGCCCUCCAGGACAGAUCUUGUAAAGGGAUUAGCACUUUUUUUCCUUUGCUCCUCUUGCCCCGAGGUCCCCUGCUUACCCCUAAACUCAGAGUCAGGCGCCACCAAGUCCGUGGGAGCCCGGGGCACAGGCGGUCCCGGCAGUCAGCCUUCGAUUCCCGCCCCAUCCCCAUCCCCGUUUGUCCGCGGUGGAUGCGGCGUCCGUUCUCAACCCGCAGGGCCUGGGGCCGGGCCUCGGCCUCUUUUCCCCGUGGCAGCCCCAGGCCCUGUGGGGCAGGGAUGGGGCCCCGCGAUCUCCCAGGCAGGUCCGAGAGGGAUGUGUAGAUUCAUUCUCCUGUGGAGAACAGGUGGCCCCGAGAUCAGGCCCUUUUUUGCUCUUCGUAUUUUAUUUUGAAACUGUAUUUAAUGCUUUUAUAUGAAAGGGGGAGGGGCGGGGACGGAGCUGACCCAGUCACCCUUAUGUGCAAAUGUCUUAUUUAUUAUGCGUGUAUCAGAGAUAAGCUGUGAGGUGGUGGAGGGAGGACCUGAAGGAAGGAGGAGCGAGGGCAGAUGGGGGGACGGGGGGACCCCAACUAGCUGUGCUGAUGUUACUCCCGCUGGGAGACUCCGGCCCCUACUGUCUGCUCUUUACAAAGCCAGGCUGCUGCAGGAACAGUUCCCGCGGUCCUAAAGGCGGGGAGGCUAGUGGGUGGAACUUGAGGGUUGGGUCUGGAGGAAGAGAUGCCCUGGCAGCGGUGGCCAGCCCCUGCCUCGGGGUGGGAAAUCAGAGAGCAAAGAGGAGGCCCCUCUUCUCAUCCCUGACCCCCAGGCCAGAGCCCAGGAGUGCGAAAGCAGAGGGCAAAGAGAAGGCCCCUCCUCUCAUCCCUGACCCCCAGGCCAGAGCCCAAGGUUCAAGUGCCUCAGGCCCAGUCCCCUUGACUCUUCCUGUUUGGGAGUUGGAUUUUAUACCACGGAUUUUAUAGCAUUUUUAUAUAAUUCAGGAUUGUCAGAAUUGGAAAGGGCCCUGGAGAUCACUAGUACCACCCUCCUCACCUUCACAGAUAGGUAAAUUGGAGCCCAGGAACCAAGAUGAUCACACAGCCAGGUAGGGACAGUACAAAAACUAGAAUGAAAAUCCUAGCUCUCGACUCAAGUGUUCUUUGCACGAUACCACGCUGCUUCCCAAUUCGCUGGUCAGUUAUUAAAAUUUGUCAGGCCUGCCGAAGGAUUGACAUGCUGGGCAAUGCAGGCCACCACGGUGGAUCUGUGACUCCUGAAGGUGGCAAAGCCCUGCACACUGCCUUGGGAUGAGCACACUGAGCUCUGCAGGGCCUCAGCUGGAAGGCGCCAUCCAAUCGCCCUUCCCCUCCCCAGCAGAACUCCAGAGGUGUGGCGGCUGCCUCAGGGCCCAAGGCCGCCUGGGCAGGGGGCUUUGUGCUUGUUGUUGUGGAGGCCACCAGGGAUUCAGGAAGAUCCUGAAUGGGUUGUCAAUUGACUGAAAAGUAAAUUCCCAGUGAGUUUGAACCUCCACGGUUUUUGAGACAGUAUUAAAAGCUUGAGAACGGAGAUUAUGGAUGGCACCAGGCUGUGCACUGCCAUUCUUUUACUUUCCUUCAUCCAUUUUUUUCAGAUCCAGAGUUAUUAUCACCACUUUUUUUACCCUGCCCACUCCAAAACAGUAGGUAAAUUGGGGCAACCAAUUUAUAAUCACUCAAGCCCACUGCCAGAGUUCAGAUAAGCCAGAGCAGAGGGGUUAGGUUUCCCCACCUCCAUAGGCAGGGAGAGGCCUCAGAAGAGUGGACAUCUUUACUGAGACAGCCCCACACACACCAGUGGCUCUCAAAGUGUGUCCCUGAGACCAGCAGCAUCACCUUAGGAUCUGCUAGAAAUAAAAAUUCUUGGGCCAUACCCCAGGGUUACUGAAUCAGAAACUUGGUUGGGGCCUAGCAGUCUGUUUUCAUGAGCCCUCCAUUGAUCUUGAUGCAGCUGAAGUGCUGGGCACCAGUGAAAGGGAAGGGCUGCGGUAGUGAUUCCAGUGAUUCCUGCUUUGAUGGAAGUUAUGGCCUCACAGGUUAGAGAUUGCAAGUUGAGUUGGCCCUCUUGCCUAGGUGUGCCUCCUUGCCUUGGGAUUCUGACAUGAACAGGUGAAGUCUCUUCAUGAUUUUUUUUUUCUUUUUGUUAAUGGUAUGCUUGCUAUUAUGGCCAAUAUGUAAAUGUUACUCUGAAUACAUAUAUACCAUGUUACUUAGUGACAUUAUUCAAACAUUUGUAUGCGUAUUUGUGAAAUUGUUUGCAUCAGUCAUUUAAAAAAUAUUUCAGCCUAACUUUUCUAAGAGGUAUGUUGAAUACAUUUUUAAAAGCCAGCUUAAGGGUCACAGCAGCCUUAGUUUAGGAGAAGAGCUAAUCACAGGUGACCACUCAAGUUCUUUCAAUGAAGACCUGAUGAUGUAUUUAGUUCCCAUUUUCCAUGGUGAUUGACUCAAUUUAAGUGUAUUGUGGCUGUAUGUAAUUUACAGGCUGCUUUACAUUGCAGGCGGGAAAAUAUCCCAGGCUGGUGUGAGGCUGAACUGGGGUAAAAGACCCCCUGACCCCUCCUCAUUCUUCUAAGGUCACCACCUCUUAGAGGGUCUCUUAUUUUCUUUCAGAGAUCAAACGCACAGUUAUGCUCUACAACUAAAUUCUGCAGUCUUGGGAAUCCUUAUGAGUACCAACUGUUAGUCACUUUUUAAAGUCCCCAAAGUGGAGUGAGGAUAGGGGGAGUGGAAGCAGUGUUUGGUUCUUACUUUACCCAAACUGUGUAUAAAGAAUAAAGUUAGCAGAAUGAUGCCA